GAUAACUUUAGUUGUGCAUGGAGUUGGUGGUAUGGCUAUGGAAGUGAACACACAAAGGUAUCUCCUCAAAGUCAGAGUCAAAACACCAAAAGGAACCGAGAGAGCUCAUGAAAUGGUCUGCUACGGCUUGGAUGAAAUCGCCAGAGUGCAUCAAGUAAUUGAACCUGAAAAAUUGAGAAAAUUCUUCCCAGAAGUCAAACUGAAAGAAUUGGAAAGGCCAGAAGAGGUUGAACUUCUCAUUAGCCACCGAGAGGGAAGACUCGCUCCACAGAGAGUAAAAAUCAUUGGAGACCUCGUCUUGUGGGAGGGACCAUUGGGUAAGACAGUGGGUGGAGCACAUCCCGACUUAUUUGAAGAAGUGGAGGUAGCAGCAUAUGAGUCCAGAACACACUUUGCUCGCUCCAUGAGGACAGCAGCUGUCAAAUAUCAAGAAAUCAAAAGUCCAACAAUUGAUACAGCCCAGCCACAGCGAAAAGAUGAAGCUCAGACCAAAUUUACAGCUGUCAGUAACCGUAAGUUCCUAGAGUGGUGGCACUGGGAUAGCAUCGGAGCUGCAUGUGAGCCAAGAUGUGGAGGAUGCCGUUGUGGAAACUGUCCACCUGGAGGAAAAGAAAUGACCCUGGCAGAGGAGAGGGAACUGGAGAUCAUUAAAGGAGGUCUUACCUACAAGAAGGGGGAUGCUCACACAUCAGCGCCACAUUGGGAUGCAAAGUAUCCUUGGACGGUAGAUCCAGCCUCUCUCCCAAACAACAAAGGUGCAGUCCAAGCUUGUUUCUUAAAGAUGGAAAAGCAACUAAGCAGAGAGCUAGACUGGAAAGUUGCAUAUACUAAUCAGAUACAUGAAAUGAUUGAAAGAGGCGCAGCCAUAAAACUCACCAACAAAAUUAUGGAUGAAUGGAACGGACCAGUGUGGUACGUAAGCCACCUGGUGGCACCAAACCCUCAUUCAGUGACCACACCAAUUCGUAUUGUAUGGAAUAGUAGCCAGAAAUACAAAGGCGUGAGUAUGAAUGAUCUUCUUUUGAAGGGACCAGACGUUCUCAACCCUAUCAGAGCUGUCUUGCUGAGGUUCAGAGAAGGGAUGUAUGCAUCUCUAGGAGACAUUAAAAAAAUGUACAACUCUGUAUGGCUGGAGGAGCGUGAGAUGCAUCUUCAUAGGUUCCUCUGGAGGGACAGCCCAGAUGAAGAGAUAGGUGAAUAUGCAAUUACCAGAGUCAAUAUUGGGGACAGACCUGCUGGUUGCAUUGCUCAGUUGGCUAUGAGGGAAACGGCACGCCUGCCCAACUUUCUUCACUUAGAAGAUGAGCGCAGAGUCAUUGAAGAGGACAGCUAUGUAGAUGACCUCUUAACCUCCCAUAAUGACCUAAAUAAACUUGACAACAUUACAGCAAAUGUGGAAGAGAUCUUGAAAGCUGGAGGUUUCUUCCUCAAACCAUGGGUCCGGUCAGGGCAAAGUGGGAGGCAAGAAAUGGAGACGGAGGAGGGUCUAACAGGAACACAAAGUAAAACUUUAAUUCUUCCAAAUCAAAUGAGAGGUGAAGACAAUAAAGCCUUGGGUAUCGGCUACCAAAUGGAUGAAGACAAGCUCUACAUGUUAACCUCAGUUAACUUUUCCAAAAGGAAAAAGAAGAUGAGAGUUGGAAAAGAUCUUCUUAAGGAGGAGGUAAGAACUGAGACACCUAAGCCACUGACUAGGAGGGCUCUCUUAAGCCAAGUGGCUGGACUGUACGACCCAAUUGGCUUAGUCACACCUGCAAAACAGAAGGGAGCAAUUCUUGUAAGAAAAGCAUUCCAAGAGGGAGGGGGUGGGAAACUAACCCAAGAAACUUGGGACCAACCUCUCUCAGAAAGCCUCAGAGAAGAAGGCAUACAGCUUUUUGAAGAAUAUGUGCAGCUUGGACAGGUAAAAUUCCACAGGAGCCUCACACCAGCUGGCUGGGAAGGAAAACCUUGGGGCAUCACAUUCUCUGAUGGAAGUGACAAAUCCUAUGGAGCUGUGAUGUACUUAAGAUGGGAGACAAGUCAAGGCACUGAAGUUCGAUUUGUUGAGUCGAAAGCCAAGCUGACACCCCUGGAUCAGAAGGGAGAAGCUGUAAAAGCUGAGAUCUGUGGUGCUGUUUUCGCAUCUAGGAUCAGGAAGUAUGUGGAAAAACAUGCUCGAAUUAAAAUCGAGAGAUGGUUCCAUCUACUCGACAGUCAAACAGUCUUGGGAGCCAUUCAAAGAGUCAGUUAUGGGUACAAAACCUUCUUUGCAAAUAGAGUGGGUGAAAUCCAGAAGGCUGGACUAGUGCAAGACUGGUGGUGGAUCCGUGGAGAUUUAAACAUAGCUGACAUCAUAACGAGAGGGGGCGCUCCUGAAGAUUUGAGGGAGAAUUCUACAUGGCAAAAUGGACCAGAGUUCCUGAAGUGGCCAGUGGAGAAGUGGCCUAUAAAAUCAGCAGGAGAGAUUGCAGCUCAUGCCAGGGAGAGUGUCAACAAGCUCCAGAGAAAGGCAUUCACAGUUGCAUUAACUAGAGCUCAAGCCAGAAGCAGUCAGAAAAAUGAAGACCCACAAGGUAAUCAGGAAAGUCCAAAGAGUAAAACUCAAAAGGGAAUACCUGUGGUAAAUCCAACUCCUCUUCUAGGUAUGAAGCCCACUGGAUGGGUUAAAAAUCUCAUCGAAGUAAGAAGAUCCAGUAGUCUGUCCAAACUGGUGAGAGUCGUUGCCUGGGUUUGUUUUGCUGCCAAGCAGUGGCUGAAGAGGAAGUGUCGGGCCCCUAAACAAUUAAAGUGGGAAGUUAGAUCACCCAAGCAAGCUGUGCUGACUGUCAAAGAAAAAGAAGAUGCACUCAAAGACAUCUUUCUUGCUGCUCAAGAAGGUACAGUUUUUGCAGACACAACUCUUAGCAGACUGGCAGUAUACAAAGAUGUGAACUCCGGACUGCUAGUUUGCGGGGGCAGAAUUCAGAUGUUCAAUGAAGAUAAGACAGCAGUGCCUGUUUUACCAUUUGAAGCAUGGGUAUCUACACUGUUGGCACAGGAAUCCCACAAAGCAAACCACGAGGGAGUGGCAGGAACCCUUCUCCGGAUGAGGAAGAAAGCCUGGGUAAUAAAAGGCCGGAGACUUGCCAAGAAAGUGGUUGACAGCUGUGUGGUUUGCAGGAAAAACAAAGCAAAACACUGCCAACAAAUCAUGGCUGACUUGCCUCUAGAGCGAACAGGCCCGGCUGCACCUUUUGAAUUCACCACUAUGGACCUUUUUGGCCCUUAUGAAGUGAAAGAUGAGGUCAAGAAGAGAACUAGACUCAGAGUAUGGGGAAUAGUUUUCUGCUGCAUGGCUUCUAGAGCCAUCCAUACUGAAGUGGUGAGUGACAUGUCAUCUGAAGGAUUCUUGCUAGCCUAUAAAAGGUUCACCUCACUGAGAGGACACCCCAAGAAACUCUGGUCAGACCCGGGCACUAACUUUGUGGGAGCCAGACCUGCACUGGAGAAGCUUUAUAAAUUCCUGAACCAACUAAACAAGUCUGAAAUUGAAGACACAGCUGCCAAGCAUGGUACAGAAUGGUCAUGGAAGAUUCACCCUGCAGACUCUCCCCAUAGAAAUGGUGCAGCAGAGGCAGCUGUCAAAGUAGUAAAGCGGGCAUUAAGCAACCUUGGUGGAGAUGGUGUUUUCACAUGGGGAGAAUUUCAAACUUUUCUCUUCAUGGCAGCCAACCUUGCAAAUGAGAGACCCAUCGAUGCAAGAACUCAAAGCAGAGAAGACUGUGUAGAGUACAUCACCCCAAAUUCUCUGCUUUUAGGACGUGCCAAUCCAAAGGGAGACCCUGGGGAUUUCCAAUUUGAUGACUACCCUUACAGAAGACUUAAACAUAUUCAAGCAGAAGUAAGCAAUUUCUGGAAGAAGUGGAGCCAAUUGGCUGGACCAAAUCUAUUCGUAAGGAACAAAUGGCACACCAAAGAGCGAAAUGUUGCAGUUGGAGAUGUGGUUUGGCUGGCUGACCAAAACGCCUUGAGAGGACAAUACAAGCUGGCUAGAGUGGUCGGUGUUAAUGCUGACAGCAAAGGCAUUGUAAGAGAUGUGCUUGUGAGAACUUUUCCCAGCUAUCCUGUUCACAUCACAAAGGCGAAAGACAAAGAAGGUCCCAUUAGAGCUAAUAGUGAAAAAACCAAGAGGCUCCAAACCAAAAUCCCAGCCACAAUUCUCCACAGAGAUGUCAGACGUCUUGUCAUUCUAAUUCCCAUUGAAGAACAAGCAGAGGUAUGAAAGAACUUGUGUGACCUCUGGUUUUGAAAAACCAGGAGCUCAAGUGGGAAGUGUUGAGCAGAAUCUCAGCUAUGAGACUUAAAGAACUACAUUUCCCAGAGUGCAUCAGCAGCAGUAAAUCAGCUGCUUGUCAUGUGAUUAGUCAUUGUCACUGAUUUGGAGCACCUGUUAAAACAUGGAGUUCCUCAGUCAUUCAGAGAAACAAACUUCAGAGAGAAGACACUCCAAAUUCACUCGUAGGUUCAGUCCAAAGACGCCAAUGGUUUACAACCUAAUUCACUGCUAAUUCACUGCUAAUUCACUGCCUAAUUCACUGGACAAAUAAUCAACUGACAAAGCCAAAAGAAAAAUAAAAGUGAUUAAGUGGAAAUUUGAGUUGUCCUUGUGUCCUUUGGAAAUUGA